AAUCGAAAUCAGUUGGCGAGAGACUUUCAAAAAGUGUGGUUGACUUUUUUUGUUAAAGCGGAGCAUUGAAAGGGAAGUGGCGCGCCAAUAAUGGUGGCAAUAGUCUGGCACAAAAAGGGGUAUAAAAAGUCUGACGUCUGAAGUGGUGUAACGGGAAAUAUAUAUGUAUAUGUAAAUAAAUUACAUCGAUCGCCAAGUGUGACAGUGACAUAGUGUGCUGUCCGCCAAAACAGUUUUAUUACAUAGAUUGACGUGUACAUAACCGUUGCUCCCUUCGCCCCGUCGUCCAGCCGUUAAAUAUGUUUUUUUCUUUGGCCCCAGUUUGCCCGCUCUUUGUCCGGUUAUGUGAGCAAUUAUUUGAAACAAUUCGUGAAUUUUAAUGAGUACGUGAUAAUCAAGCAAAAACUCAAUUUAAAUUUUGUGAAAAAAAAAUUCAUUUUCGACCACAACAUAAAAUUUAAUUGCAACAAGUACAAUGAGCAAUAUGCGCGCGUUGUCGACCAACUUGUGGCGCAACAAUUCAAAUUACCAAGUCGUUGUUAGUGGCGCAGCAGCAACAAAGUUCAAUCAGAUCGGCAAGCAAGCGGCCUUUGCAACCAAAUCGAGGGCAGUGCCACAGGCUAAUGUCCGAGAAAAUUCCAGUGCCGCAACGACCGCAACCACGGUUACCCAGCCCGAAUUGGCCUGUCCACAUUUGGCCGCCAACGAUACUACAACAACAAGUGUGGUGCAUGAGACAGCCGAGUGGCAAAACGCACUGCCAUACAAUGAGAUACCCGGCCCCAAGCCGAUUCCUAUUUUGGGCAACACUUGGCGCAUGAUGCCUAUCAUCGGCCAGUACACAAUAUCUGAUGUCGCGAAAAUUUCAUCGCUAUUACAUGAACGUUAUGGACGUAUAGUGCGUUUUAGUGGACUCAUUGGACGACCCGAUUUGCUGUUCAUAUAUGAUGCCGAUGAAAUUGAAAAGUGUUACCGCAAUGAGGGUUCAACGCCUUUUCGCCCUUCCAUGCCAAGCUUAGUUAAAUAUAAAAGUGAAAUACGCAAAGAUUUCUUUGAGGAUAUCGGAGGAGUAGUGGGUGUUCAUGGCGAACCCUGGCGUCAAUUUCGUUCAAGAGUACAAAAGCCGGUACUACAGUUAUCAACGAUCAGACGGUAUUUGGAGCCCCUGGAAGUGGUGACAAAUGAUUUUCUAAAACGCUGUGAACAACUGCUAGACGAGAAUUCAGAAUUACCAGAGGACUUUGAUAACGAAAUCCAUAAAUGGUCGCUGGAGUGCAUCGGAAGAGUUGCUCUCGAUACAAGACUCGGUUGCUUAGAGCCUAAUCUAUCGCCAGAGUCCGAGCCGCAACAGAUAAUCGACGCAGCAAAAUAUGCACUGCGCAAUGUGGCUACACUUGAACUGAAAGCUCCAUAUUGGCGUUAUUUUCCCACACCUUUAUGGACGCGUUAUAUUAAAAAUAUGAACUUUUUCGUGGAGGUUUGUAUGAAGUACAUCGGCAAUGCCACAGAACGUUUGAAGCAGCAGGGUCCAAGUUGCGACGGCGAACCAUCCUUGCUCGAGAAAGUAAUUCUUGCGGAGAAAAAUGAGAAAGUAGCCACAAUCAUGGCGUUGGAUUUGAUUCUAGUGGGCAUAGACACAAUAUCAAUGGCCGUUUGUUCCAUCCUCUAUCAGCUUGCAACGCGCCCUGCCGAACAAGAAAAAGUGCGUGAGGAACUAAAACGGGUAUUGACUGAUGCAGAUACUGAACUAUCCAUUCAACGACUUGAACAGAUGCACUACCUAAAAGCGUUUAUUAAAGAGGUAUUCCGCAUGUACAGCACAGUAAUUGGCAAUGGUCGCACGCUGCAGGAGGAUACAGUCAUCUGCGGCUACAGGAUACCCAAAGGCGUGCAAGCGGUUUUCCCCACACUGGUUACCGGGCAAAUGGAUGAAUUUGUCUCAGAUGCAGCAACCUUCAAACCUGAGCGUUGGUUGAAAGCUAGCCAAGGUGGCACUGGUGACCAUUUGCAUCCAUUCGCAUCGCUGCCUUAUGGGUAUGGUGCGCGAAUGUGUUUGGGCAGACGUUUCGCAGACUUAGAGAUGCAAAUUCUGCUGGCUAAGCUUCUUCGAAAUUACAAAUUGGAAUACAAUCACAAACCUUUGGAUUAUGCAGUCACAUUUAUGUACGCUCCAGAUGGGCCAUUGCGGUUCAAGAUGACUAGGAUUGGAUAAAUGCUCGAAAGUAUUGAAAAA